AUGGGAUGUCUAUUUGGAAAAUAAGAAUAAGCGUAAAAUAGGUAUCAAAUGAAAGAAUAUGACAAAUUUAAAGUUCUGCAAUUAAGUAUAAGAUAUGGUUAAUAUCAUCUAAGUUCAAAGCAGUAUAUUUAUAACUAAAUAGGGCGCAUGGUAUAUGACAUUAUUAAACUUGUAGGAAUCACUGGAUUUAUCAGAAAUGUGAUGGCAAACUUCUAUCGUUUUUAAGUGCAUUAGGAUCAGCAAGUAUUCGCCCAAUUAUUUCCCAUAAACAAACAAAAUUUCAAAUUAGCAUUGAGCAAUUUGCCUAAGCCCUUGUUUUACUAAAUAAUAUAAUCUGAUGAAGCUUUUUUAAAAAAGAAUAUGAUCAACAAAGAAGAGGUUUUUAAUGAACAAUACUCGUGUUUUGAUGAGUCUGAAAUCGAAAUGGAAUAAGAGCCAGAGAUUGACUUGGCGAAUUAGUCAUUGGACCUAUCUGGCAUAGACAAUAAUAAUAAUAAUGUAUCUCCAAUAAAGAAAGCCAAUUUUGAUGAUGAGAAUAUAAAUCAUCAAAAGUUGAUCUUGGAUUACUUGGAUCAUUAUUGUCCCCAAACAGAGGAAUAAUAUUACAAAUGGUUGAUAAGUGAAAAAGUGAUUUAAUAUCUUCAGCAAUCCCUAUUUAUCAAUUUGUGGUUCAAUCAGUUGGACUUGGAGGAGAAAUUUGUAUGGUAGAAAUCCAAUACAAAUGCCUUUGUCAAAAGAAAAUUUUAAUUGAUUGAAAAUAAAUUGCUUAUUCUUUACGGAUCAGAACAUCAGGACAUCAUUGAAAUCAUCCCUUUAGCUUACUCAAUCAUACAGGAAAUCCCUAAGCAAUAAUAUGUGAAUAAAUUUGGAAUUGCAAUUAAAUGUGAUAAAUUGAAGCUGGAGGUUUAACUGUUUUUUGAUACUCAGUUGGAAUUGCAUUAACUUUAUUGUCCCUAUUCUUAGAAAUAUCAAAUUUUAAAUAAUAAUAACAAAUAGCAUAUUGAAUGCGUUAACAAAUCUUUGGGAUUGAAACUAUCCAUUCAAUAAUUUAAAUUAGACAAUAGUUCUAUUUCAAAUUUGAUUAUUCACGAUUCAGUGUCAAAUUUUAAGGGAGUUAUCAAAUGUCAUGAAAUCCAAUUUGAAAAUACAACAACAAUUCAUUAAAUUUGUGAAAACAUCCCAUUUACUCUUGAUGAAUAUCUAUCCCAAAUAAAACAAUUAAGUGGUAUGACACUUGUGAUUUAAUUAGAAUUCCAAAUCAGAUUGAUAGCCAAAUAGUUGUUGGUGAUCUUCCAUUACGUUCAUAUGAUGGGAGUGAUUAUAGUUUGUUUGAAUCCAAAUUAAAUAGGAGUUCUUCCAAAUAAACAAGAACCAGAUUCGAUUGAGAAGGUGGCCAUUUGCAAUUUCAGUUAUUCCACUUAUUCAUUCAAGUUGUAUAAUAGACAAAAGUUAUCGGAGUUUGCUUGUCCUGAGGCAAGCACAGGGUAGAUGUUUGAUGAAUCUGUAGAUUCCUACUUACUAUACAAAUUAUUGAUGUAUAUAAUUAGAGGAUAGCAGCUAUCUCCAAACUUCAAGGACUUGCUGAAUAAGUUGGAGAAGAGAAUUCCAAUUGAGAAGGCUUUGCAACACGAUUUGUUUAAGGAUGAAACAAUAACGAAGAAGGCUAUUGAAAACAUGGUUAUAUUGAAGAACUGA